GGAAGGUUGAGAUGGUUCUGCGCGAACUAGGACUCGAUUUCGAAACCAUCCACCUGAACUUUAGCGAAGGAGAGCACAAGGCUUCCGAAUACACGAAGUAUAACCCGAAUGGCCGCAUACCCGCACUUGUCGACCAUCAGUAUAACGACUUCGUCGUGUGGGAAUCGUGUGCCAUAAUCCUCUAUCUGGCCGAGAAAUAUGAUCGAGAGCAUAAGAUCUCCGCCGCCACCUUCGACGAGAAAAUUUUGCAGACACAGUGGGUUAUGUACCAGACGUCUGGCCAGGGGCCUUACUUCGGCCAGGCCGGAUGGUUUCUAGCUGUGGCUCCUCCUGAAGAGCGCAAUCCCACGAUUGCGGAGCGCUAUCAAAAGGAGAUUUUGCGUGUCUUUAGCGUUUUCGAGAGCGUUUUGUCCCAGCGCGAAUGGCUUGUUGCCGGAAAGUGCACAGUUGCAGACAUCGCCUUCGUUAUUUGGAACGUCGUUGCCGUUGGGCUGCUCGUGAAGGACUACAAGGGCUUUAACUUCGAGAAGGAUUUCCCCUCAACCCACAGAUGGCAUACUGCGCUGAUCAACAGACCGGCGAUCGCGGAAACUCUGAGGAUUAGGGCUGAGGCCACGGAACAAUUUAAGCGUCAGUGAAUGGGAAGAGGUAGGCGGACGCGGAGUGUAGCACACGCGAAUUCUCUAUAUAUAUACGCAGCGCAAUUGUCAAACUUCGAACGAAUUGUGCGGAGCCGCUCCGCUACGUUAA